AUGAACUCCGCCAUGGAUAUGCCAAAAAAUGUCCAACAAAACAAUGCGCAGAACGCGGUGCUCUUUGAAGCCAUCAAUCUCUUAAUCCACCUCGACAGUGAACACACCCUCAUGAUGCAGAUCUCCUCCCGUCUUGGGAAAUUCAUUCAAUCCCGGGAAACAAACGUGAGAUACCUUGGAUUGGAUGCAAUGACUCAUUUCGCAGCCAGGGCAGAGACCCUUGACCCCAUACAGAAGCAUCAAAAUAUCAUUCUUGGAUCUUUGCGAGACAGGGAUAUCAGUGUUCGAAGAAAGGGGUUGGAUCUCCUUUACAGCAUGUGCGAUACCUCAAAUGCCCGACCCAUCGUUAACGAGCUUCUCAAGCACCUUCAAAGCGCUGACUUUGCCAUUCGGGAGGAAAUGGUACUCAAAAUUGCUAUUCUCACAGAAAAGUAUGCUACGGACGCUCAAUGGUAUAUUGAUAUCUCGCUCAAGCUGUUGUCUGUGGCCGGCGACCAUGUCAGUGAUGAAGUUUGGCAGCGAGUUGUUCAGGUAGUUACAAAUAACGAGGAGCUCCAAGCUUAUGCCGCACAACACAUUUUGGGUUAUAUUAAGGGAGAGUGCCAUGACAGUCUGGUGAAAAUCGGUGGUUAUAUCCUGGGCGAAUUUGGCCAUCUCAUUGCAGAUAACAAAGGAUGCUCACCAAUCGAGCAGUUCCUGGCACUCUAUUCGAAGAUGGCGUUCUGUUCUGACAACACUCGAGCCCUGCUUCUAUCAUCCUUUAUCAAGUUUGUAAAUCUCUUCCCAGAGAUCAAACCGCAAAUACUUCGAGUCUUCCAAGUAUACAGCCACUCGCCCGAUUCAGAGAUGCAACAACGGGCUUACGAAUACCUAAUGCUUGCUACGCUACCCACUGAUGACCUCUUGCGGACCGUCUGCGACGAGAUGCCACCUUUCUCUGAGAGAAUUUCAGUCUUAUUGUCCCGACUACAUCAAAAAAGCUCCGGAACGAGUGACAAGCGGACGUGGGUCGUUGGAGGCAAAGAUGCCAACGCAGAUGAUAAGGAGUUUAUGUUGACACAGAAUACGGGAUUGAAACGCACCUUCACAUCAGCUGCCAACGGACCGGUUGCCGCACAACAGACAGGUACCAAAGGUACAACAUCCAGCGAUCUGGAAGGGUUGGACUUUGCUUCAUCCGGCGAGACGGCGCCGAACUUGGCCAGUGCUGCUCAUUUAUCUCCGGACUGGGAGCCUGGGUUUAACCGACUCUUCUUCGCGACUGAGGGAGUGUUGUUCGAGGAUGCUCAAAUCCAGGUUGGCCUUCGUUCCGAGUACAGAGCUCACCUUGGAGUCUGUAAGCUUUACUUUGCAAAUAAAUCCGCGUAUUCAAUCGGAUCAUUCACGAUAACGCUGGAUAACCCUUCACCUGAGAGCCUGAAGAUUGAUACCAAGGACAUACCUGACCCAGAUGUUGUUGCAUCUGGUCAAACUCACCAAACUGUUUGCUUCGAGUGCCUUGGCCCGUUUACCAAGGCGCCAACCAUUCGGAUAUCAUACCUCGCCGGUGCACUGCAAGCGUAUACCCUGCAGCUACCUAUCCUCAUGCAUAGAUACAUUGAAGCUUCAUCCCUGACAUCGGAUGAUUUCUUUAAGCGCUGGCGGCAAAUAGGCGGCGGACCCUUGGAAAGCCAAUCGACGUUUGGCCUUGCAAAGAAGGGCCGUCCUCUAAGCGAAAGAGAUCUCCAGUCGAUUGUCGAGAGUUUCAAAUGGAAGAUUCUUGCAAAUGUCGACCCGAAUCAGAAGAACCUUGUUGGAUGUGCUGUUUACCAAACCCAAAGCUCAAAGACCGGAUGUUUACUCAGGCUUGAGCCCAACUAUGAGAAACAGGUAAGCUAUGUUUUCAUUUCUUUUAUUAGCAUUACUCUGUCUUUGACCUAG